AUAUGUUUUUGACAUUAGAACCUCAAAAUACCCCGCAAAAUCAAAACAAAUAAAUUAUUACGUAUGAAAUAAAAAAAAUUUAAAAGAAAACCACCGCAAAAUGCACUAGAAACGAUGGUAAAAGAUGCAAGAAACCGUCGAAUACGUGCCAUUUUAAUUGUAGCAGCCGGUUCGAGCGUUGCUUUUAUUGCAAAUUACAUCAAACAAACCACUGAAUUACUACGCAAUGCCUUCGAUCCUUCCAUAAUUGACAUCUUUGAAGAUGGCAAACAACCUGCAUACCCAAAUAACUAUAAUAAAUGGAUAACAAGCAAAUACAGCGAGGUACAUGGCACAUUUCAUCAAUUUCACAACUUUUUCCGUUUUACUUAUGCUAAACGCUUGAUGGGCCUUGCAAAAUGCGAUAAUCAAUGGUACAGAGUACGGGCAAUUCAUCACCUGACAAAUUUAAAGCUAGAAGAAUGGCAGUGUUCGAUUAUCGCGCAUAUGUGCGACGCACGAGCGGCGAUUGGCAUCGCGCGAAGCACAGAUUCACUGGAAAAGAGUAAAAAGUUCUUUUUGCCUCCACCGAGAAUCUACGGCACUUACAAUAAUCAACUACUGUUGCACACGAUCAAAGACUACAUGCAUUCGAUGUACAAGGAUUCUAAACAUCGCACAGCUCAUACUUGUCUACGAAAAACCAUUUCAAAGAUAUUUCUGCAAGCUUAUGAUAUAAAUAGAAUAAUAGACUCUGAUCAUGGCACUGAAGCUUUAAGCUACGUCGGAAAAGAAUCCGAAGAUGAUUUACCGCUUUGUUUGGAAACUGUGCGCCAUCACAGCAGCAUUUCGCAAUAUGCUUCGGAUGUUUUGAAUGAAAUGGGACUGUAUCUUCUCAUGGAGGUGCAUCUAAGAUUCCCGGACGAUGCAAACAUUAAUGUUCCGCUGUGUCAAAUCAUUUCUAAUAUUUCUAUGCAUCCGGAACACACACAAGAACUUUUUAAAACUGGAUGGAUAUCUGUCCUGGCGAAAUGGGUGCAUCAUCCUGAUGUGAGAAUAGCAGGACCUGCAAAUCAAGCACUGGCGAAUUUAGAUAAAGAUACAGUAAAAGAGAAAUACUCGACGAAUAUCUUUUUAUUGCAUCCGCAUGCGCGUAACGAUGAAAAAGUUCUCGUUGAUGUUGUGUUUGUACAUGGUUUACUUGGUAGUGUGUUCUAUACGUGGAGAAAUGGUAGAAAUUGUACGAAAACGUUGGAUUUAGUCGGUAAGGGUAGAAAACCGAUGGUUGCGACACAAGGUACAGGUGAAGAGUCGAUUGGGUUGGAAGAGUCUAAAUUCGAAGAUCAAAAUCUCUUGACAGCGUCUAGCGAUCCUGCAAUACAGGAAUAUCUCCAACAGAUGGCGGAGCACGACAAAAUCGAAUGGGAUCAUCUCGGAGUUGAUUAUGAAAUCGUACAGUUUGAUAUUCCGGAAGAUACGAAUGCCACAGCGACAGGACCGUAUGUUGUGCCACAUGGUGAUUCUUGUCGUGGCGAUGAAAAUACACAAUGCUGGGCACGUGAUUGGUUACCAGUGGAUUGUGCGCAUUUACGCGUGCUGGGCGUGAAUUAUUCCACGACAUUAUCAUUGUGGGCUCAUAUGUGCCCCGAAAUAGCGAAUAAUGUUACAUUGGAAGAUCGUAGCACUGAAUUAAUGUCUGAAUUAGUUGAUGCUGGUGUAGGUAAACGUCCGAUUGUCUGGGUGGCGCACUCUAUGGGCGGAUUAUUAGUGAAAAACGUCAUUAGUAAAGCGUUGAAAUCGAAAGAUCCUGCAAUGCAAAGCUUGGGAAACCAGUCAAAAGCGAUUUUUUUCUAUAGCACACCGCAUACCGGCUCAAAAACCGCCAUUUUGAAUCAGACUACUUCGUAUUUAGUAUGGCCAUCAAUGGAUGUGCAAGAAUUACGUGAAGAUUCACCUAAUUUGCGUCGAAUUCACAAUGAAUUUCUAGAUUAUUUACAUAGAAUACCGAUUAGAAUCUUUUCUUUUGUCGAAAAUAAACCUACGAUUGUUUCAGCGCUUAAAUUAAACAUCGAAGUCGUUGAGAAACGUUCGGGGAAUCCUGGAGUCGGUGAAUACUAUGAAAUUCCAUUGAAUCAUCUAGGAAUUUGCAAGCCUACGAAUCGACAAUCGUUUUUAUACCAAAAAGUCCUUCAAGAAAUCCGAAAAGUAGUCGCUGAAGAAAAAGAAAUAUACAACAAGCAUUAUCUGUAAUUAUAUUCAUUGUAUAUGCAAUUUGUUGUUAGUAAAAUGAGUAAAAAAUUAA